CGGGUCUGGUUGCGAGAAAAUGGUCAGCAUUAUCCAAGCACUGUACAUUCCUGCGCGGAGGGAGUUGUUGUAUUCAGGACAGAUUAUGGUCAGGUAUUCACUUACAAACAGAGUACAAUCACGCACCAAAAAGUAACAGCUAUGCAUCAAACAAGUGUGGAGAGUGUGGAAGACAUGGCAGCACUCGUAGACCUCCAUGAGGGCUCCAUCAUGCACAACUUAUUCCAGCGAUAUCAGCAAAAUAAAAUCUAUACCUAUAUCGGCUCCAUUGUUGCCUCUGUGAACCCCUACAAGACCAUUCCGGGACUCUAUGACCGCACUGCAGUAGAGCAAUACAGCAAGCACCACAUGGGGGAAAUUCCACCUCAUAUCUUUGCUGUCGCUAACGAGUGCUACCGCUGCCUAUGGAAACGUCAUGACAACCAGUGUGUUCUCAUCAGUGGUGAAAGUGGUGCUGGUAAGACAGAAAGUACUAAGCUGAUUCUCAAGUUCUUAUCUGCCAUGAGCCAACAUUCGCUGGAACUGUCCUGUAAGGAAAAGACCUCCUGUGUGGAGCAAGCUAUUCUUGAGAGCAGCCCAAUUAUGGAAGCUUUUGGCAACGCGAAGACUGUUUACAACAACAACUCGAGUCGCUUUGGGAAGUUUGUUCAGCUGAACAUCUGUCAGAAGGGAAACAUCCAGGGAGGAAGAAUUGUAGAUUAUUUAUUAGAAAAAAACCGUGUUGUAAGGCAGAACCCUGGAGAGAGAAAUUAUCACAUAUUCUAUGCACUGCUGGCAGGGAUAGAAGAGGAAGAGAAAGAUGCAUUUUACUUAUCUGUACCAGAGCACUACCACUACCUGAAUCAGUCUGGAUGUGUAGCGGAUACGACAAUCAAUGACAAAGACUCCUUCAAGGAAGUCAUUACUGCAAUGGAUGUGAUGCAGUUCAGCAAGGAGGAGGUGAGAGAAGUUCUUAGGCUGCUAGCUGGCAUUCUGCAUCUAGGGAACAUUGAGUUUAUCACUGCUGGUGGGGCACAGGUGUCCUUCAAAACAGCUCUGGGCAGAUCUGCAGAGUUACUUGGGCUGGACUCAACACAACUGACUGAAGCAUUGACACAGAGAUCAAUGAUACUCAGGGGAGAAGAAAUCUUAACACCUCUCAGUGUACAACAGGCAGUAGAUAGCAGAGAUUCUGUGGCUAUGGCACUUUACUCCCAGUGUUUUGCAUGGGUUAUUAAAAAAAUCAACAGCAGAAUCAGAGGCAAAGAAGAUUUCAAGUCCAUCGGAAUUCUUGAUAUAUUUGGAUUUGAAAACUUUGAGGUUAAUCGUUUUGAGCAGUUCAAUAUUAACUAUGCAAAUGAAAAGCUUCAGGAAUAUUUCAACAAGCACAUUUUUUCCUUGGAGCAACUGGAAUAUAGCAGAGAAGGACUAGUUUGGAAAGAUAUUGACUGGACAGACAACGGAGAGUGCCUGGACCUUAUUGAAAAGAAACUUGGCCUGCUAGCACUAAUCAAUGAAGAGAGUCAUUUUCCUCAAGCGACUGACUGCACCUUGUUGGAGAAGUUACACUCCCAACACGCCAACAAUUCCUUUUAUGUGAAACCAAGAGUAGCUGUUCACAACUUUGGAGUGAAACACUACGCUGGGGAGGUCCAGUAUGACGUCAGGGGAAUCUUAGAGAAAAACAGAGAUACUUUCAGAGAUGAUCUCCUAAACUUGUUACGUGAAAGCAGACUUGAUUUUAUCUAUGAUCUGUUUGAACACGUUUCAAGUCGGAACAACCAAGACACCCUUAAAUGUGGAAGCAAACACCGGAAACCCACUGUCAGCUUACAGUUCAAGGACUCACUGCAUUCCUUAAUGGCAACAUUAAGUUCCUCUAAUCCUUUCUUCGUUCGAUGUAUCAAGCCAAAUACGCAGAAGAUGCCAGACCAUUUCGACCAGACCGUGGUGCUUAACCAGCUACAUUAUUCUGGGAUGCUGGAGACAGUGAGGAUACGAAGGGCUGGCUUUCCAGUGAGAAGGCACUUUCAAGAUUUUUAUAAAAGGUAUAAAGUCCUAAUGAGAAACUUGACUGUACCUGAAGAUUUAAAAGGGAAGUGUGCCGUCCUCCUUCAUCGGUAUGACAGUACUAGCACCGAAUGGCAGCUUGGAAAAAAUAAGGUCUUUCUUCGGGAGUCCUUGGAAAACAAGUUGGAGAAGCAGAGAGAGGUAGAAGUCACCAAGGCAGCCAUGAUUAUCCGAGCACAUGUCUUAGGCUAUGUGGCACGAAAGCAUUAUAAAAAGGUGCUGUACUACGUGGUUGUGAUACAGAAGAACUACAGGGCAUUCCUUCUAAGAAGAAAGUUCCUUCACCUGAGGAAAGCAGCCAUAACCUUCCAGAAGCAGCUGCGAGGCCAGAUUGCUCGACGUGUUUACAGACAGCUACUAGAGGAGAAACGGCGACAAGAGGAGGAGAGGAGAAGGAAAGAAGAGGAGGAAAGGCAAGAAGCAGAACGUCUUGCCAAGCAGAAAGUAAGGAAUCUUGCAUUUCUUUUUCGAAUGCAGGCUGAAGAGGAGAGAAAGCAGCAGGAACUGGCAGCCAUUCAGAAAGCCCAGAAAGAAGCAGAGCUGAAGCAAGAGCUGGAGAAGCAGAAAGAAAACAAACAGGUGGAAGAGAUCCUGCGCCUGGAGAAAGAGAUUGAAGACUUGCAACGCAUGAAGGAGCAGCAAGAGCUGUCCUUGACAGAGGCUUCCUUGCAGAGGCUGCAGCAGCUCCGAGACGAGGAACUCAAGCGGCUCGAGGAUGAGGCAUGCCGAGCAGCUCAAGAAUUCCUGGAGUCUCUGAACUUCGAUGAGAUUGAUGAAUGUGUCCGAAACAUCGAGCGGUCACUUUCUGUGGGCAGUGGUUAUUCUGCCAAGCUCAGUGAACUGACUGGGAAUGCAUGCAGUGAAAAGCCCAACUUUAACUUCAGCCAGCCGUACCCUGAGGAGGAGGUGGACGAGGGCUUUGAAGCUGAUGAUGAUGCGUUUAAGGAUUCACCCAAUCCAAGUGAGCAUGGCCAUUCAGAUCAGAGGACGAGUGGCAUUAGAACAAGUGAUGACUCUUCAGAAGAGGAUCCAUAUAUGAAUGACACAGUAGUGCCCACAAGUCCUGCUGCUAGCAACACCAUGCUUAUUGCUUCCGGCCACGACUCUCUCAGUCUCCACAACUCUUCGAGUGGUGAAUCCACAUACUGCAUGCCAGAAAAUGUGUCCUGCAGACCCCAGAAUUCUGAGGAACUGAUUUCUCCCGAUGGGGACUAUGAUUAUGAUCAAGAUGACUAUGAAGAUGGUGCCAUCACUUCUGGCAGCAGCGUGACUUUUUCUAAUUCUCACAGUAGCCAGUGGUCUCCUGACUACCGCUGCUCAGUGGGGACAUACAACAGUUCUGGAGCAUACAGGUUCAGCUCUGAAGGAGCCCAGUCAUCUUUUGAAGACAGCGAAGAAGACUUUGACUCCAGGUUUGAUACAGAUGACGAACUUUCCUAUCGGAGGGAUUCAGUCUACAGUUGUGUCAGCCUGCCCUACUUCCACAGCUUUUUAUACAUGAAAGGCGGUUUAAUGAACACAUGGAAGCGACGCUGGUGUGUCUUGAAAGAUGAGACCUUUCUAUGGUUCCGUUCCAAGCAGGAAGCUCUCAAACAGGGCUGGCUGCACAAAAAGGGGGGGGGAUCAUCUACGCUUUCCAGAAGGAACUGGAAGAAACGCUGGUUUGUCCUCAGACAAUCCAGGCUCAUGUACUUUGAAAAUGACAGUGAAGAAAAGCUGAAGGGCACCAUUCAAAUCCGAACAGCCAGAGAGAUUGUUGAUAAUACCGGUAAAGAAAAUGGGAUUGAUAUAGUAAUGGCCGACAGGAUCUACCACUUGAUUGCUGACUCUCCUGAGGAUGCUAGCCAGUGGUUCAGCGUGCUGAGUCAGGUCAAUGCUUCCACAGAACAGGAGAUCCAGGAGAUGCAUGAUGAGCAAGCAAACCCACAGAAUGCUGUGGGCACACUGGAUGUUGGACUGAUUGAUUCUGUGUGUGCUUCUGACAACCCAGAUAGACCCAAUUCAUUUGUGAUCAUCACUGCUAAUCGUGUUCUCCACUGUAAUGCUGACACCCCUGAGGAGAUGCACCACUGGAUAACACUGCUGCAGAGAUCAAAGGGAGAUACCAGAGUGGAGGGGCAAGAAUUCAUAGUCAGGGGAUGGUUACACAAAGAAGUAAAAAACAGCCCGAAGAUGUCUUCACUAAAGCUGAAGAAGCGCUGGUUUGUCUUAACGCACAAUUCUUUGGACUACUACAAGAGCUCAGAGAAGAAUGCCCUGAAAUUGGGUACCCUAGUCCUGAAUAGCCUCUGCUCGGUGGUACCGCCUGAUGAGAAAAUCUUCAAAGAGACAGGCUACUGGAAUGUAACUGUGUAUGGACGCAAGCACUGCUACCGUCUCUAUACAAAAUUGCUCAAUGAGGCCACCCGCUGGUCAAGUGCCAUCCAGAAUGUGACUGACACAAAAGCACCGAUUGAUACACCAACCCAGCAGCUUAUUCAAGAUAUUAAGGAGAACUGCCUGAACUCUGAGGUUGUUGAACAGAUUUAUAAGAGAAACCCUAUUCUCCGUUACACGCAUCAUCCACUGCACUCCCCAUUACUGCCAUUGCCAUAUGGGGACAUCAAUCUAAACCUGCUGAAAGACAAAGGCUACACAACUCUCCAGGAUGAAGCCAUCAAGAUAUUUAAUUCUCUGCAGCAGCUAGAGUCUAUGUCUGAUCCCAUACCUAUAAUCCAGGGUAUCCUUCAGACGGGGCAUGAUUUACGACCCCUUCGAGAUGAGCUCUACUGUCAGCUCAUCAAACAGACUAACAAAGUGCCUAACCCAGGGAGUGUGGGGAAUCUGUAUAGCUGGCAGAUACUCACAUGCAUGAGUUGCACAUUCCUGCCCAGCCGUGGUAUCCUCAAGUAUCUGAAAUUCCAUCUCAAAAGGGCUCGUGACCAGUUUCCAGGAACAGAAAUGGAAAAGUAUGCCCUCUUCACUUACGAAUCUCUCAAAAAAACCAAAUGCAGAGAAUUUGUGCCGUCGCGGGAUGAAAUAGAAGCCCUGAUCAGAAGACAAGAAAUGACAUCUACAGUUUAUUGCCAUGGUGGUGGCUCCUGUAAAAUCACAAUCAACUCCCAUACCACAGCUGGAGAGGUUGUUGAAAAGUUAAUUCGAGGCUUAGCCAUGGAGGAUAGCAGAAAUAUGUUUGCCUUGUUUGAAUACAAUGGAACUACUGAUAAAGCAAUUGAAAGCAGGACCAUUGUGGCUGAUAUCUUGGCAAAGUUUGAAAAGCUUGCUGCCACUUCAGAAGCUGGGGACAUGCCAUGGAAGUUCUACUUCAAGCUUUACUGCUUCCUGGACACAGAAAAUGUACCGAAAGACAGUGUGGAAUUCGCAUUUAUGUUUGAGCAGGCUCAUGAAGCAGUGAUUAAAGGACACUACCCUGCUCCCGAAGAAACCCUCCAGGUCCUUGCUGCCUUGCGACUCCAAUAUCUACAAGGAGACUACAGUCUGCAUACCACGAUACCAGAAAUAGAAGAAGUCUAUCCCUUACAAAGGCUGAAGUCUCGUAUUACACAGUCUACUAAAAUGUUUACCCCCGCAGAGAGGAUUGAGAGGAAGCGAGCCAGCUUUCUUGAAGGAACGCUGAGGAGGAGUUUCCGUAGUGGCUCCAUCAGCAAACAGAAGAUGGAGGAGGAGCAGAUGUUGGAUAUGUGGAUCAAAGAGGAAGUCUCAGCUGCAAGGACUAGUGUUAUCGACAAGUGGAAAAAACUGCAGGGAAUGAACCAGGAACAGGCUAUGGCCAAGUACAUGUAUUUGAUUAAAGAGUGGCCUGGCUACGGGUCAGCACUCUUUGAUGUGGAGUGUAAAGAAGGGGGCUUCCCACAAGAACUCUGGUUGGGAGUCAGUGCUGAUGCAGUUUCUGUCUACAAGCGUGGGGAAGGCAGGCCUUUAGAAGUGUUCCAAUAUGAACAUAUCUUGUCCUUUGGGGCACCACUUGCCAAUACCUACAAGAUUGUGGUGGAUGAGAGAGAACUGCUUUUUGAGACCAGUAAGGUGGUUGACAUCGCAAAACUGAUGAAAGCUUAUAUCAGUAUGAUUGUGAAAAAGCGUUACAGCACCUCUCGAUCAGUGAGUAGCCAUGGGAGUCAAAGCAGCUCCAGGUGA